AGGCGAUACGGCGGCGGAACAUCACCGCCGGGAGCCCAUUUUUCAUCCCAAAAAUAGUUGUGGAGGACAUGUAUAAAACAAAGAGCAGAGCCUCUGAUCUUUCACUGGACACCCCCUGCUGCGCCGACCCAACCCCCCGACCCACAUCCACAACCGUCCACCAGCCAGUAACAAGCCAAGAUGGCAAUGAGCAGCAUCCUCAACGCCGACGACAUCAAGAAAGCUCUCGACGCAUUUGCAGUUGCCGACUCUUUCGACCACAAGAAGUUCUUCGAGAUUGUUGGUCUGAAGUCCAAAUCCCACGACGACGUGAAGAAGGUCUUCACGGUGCUGGACGCCGACAACAGCGGCUUUAUAGAGGAAGAGGAGCUCAAAUUCGUCCUGAAGGGUUUUGCCAAGGAUGGCAGAGACCUGACAGACAAAGAAACCAAAGCGUUUUUAAAAGCGGCCGACAAGGACGGAGACGGCAAGAUUGGAAUCGAUGAAUUCGCCGCACUCGUGAAGGAAUGAGCAGCCGCCCACCGCCGUGACGGAUCGCCUCCCAGCCCUUUGCUCGCCGUCCCGACUCCACGCCGCCUCCACCUCACCGCGGCCCGACCCCGGGCCAGAACCCGCUCCAAGCGCUCCUUCCCUUUAACCUCAGCCUCACUGCUGUCUCCACGAAGUGAAACACCGCAGGCUCGUCCCGCACCGCAGCUUAAUCGUUUGUCCCGUUUUGCUUUUUUUUUUUUAUAUACAAACUCUUCACGUUUCUGUUCGUGUAUAAGAUACGAGACACUCCUGCAACUAAAGUUUGUAACUCUGAAGCAUAUGUAGAUAUUUACAGAGAGCAUCUCCUUCAACCUCCUGACCUGGCCGUCUGUCUAACCUGCUCGUUUCUUCUCUUCUCUGUGUCGACGUCACCGAGGCCCCCCGCCUCCUCUUACGCCGUCGUCCCGUCCAUCCACCUGCUCUCCAUCUGUCACUUUAUCCCCCGAUAGUGAGCUGUUGUACAAAAAAAAAAAAAAGAAAUCAAAACGAAAACACAA